AAUUACCGCAAUCUAAGCCAUUGAAUGACAUUGAAUGCCGGAAGGCGGUGACAGACGAUAGGGAAAUGCAUCAGAGGAAACCAGAGAGAUAAGCAAUUCUACAGAGGAACCUCACCUAGAAACAAUUGGGGAGCCAAAAAUAUAAUUGUGUCCGAUCAAUGAAAUUUGUCUGUCUCUACCAUGGAAACACAGCGAUCAACUCAACAGAUUGCCUUAGUUAUCGCCCUGUACUGGAUCGUGUCCAUUUCCAUGGUUUUUAUCAACAAGCACAUCCUCAGUGGUAGUUACGGUAUCAAUGAUUUGUCCAUCUUCGUCGCUUGGUACCAGAGUUUGUCGGCAGUCUUUCUCAUCAAACUGGUCACAUGGCUGUCCGGCCACCUACGUCUAGGCUUGACCCUGCCGAGUCUAGAUAUACAUGCAUUGCUAAAUAGUGAUAUGCUGAAACUUUCAUUCGCCUUUGUCAUUGGUUUGACCUUCAACAAUUUAAUGCUGAAACAUAUCGGUGUUGCCUUCUACCAAGUGGCCAGGUCUUUCACGCUGAUUUUCACGAUCAUUCUUUCAUUUUGCGUACUAAAAAAAUAUGUUCCAAUUUUAGGAAUCGCCUCAUGUGCAUUGGUAAUCAUGGGAUUUGUUAUCGGGAUUGACCAAGAGGAUAAUGCUGGCACCCUGAGUAUUUGGGGAAUGAUCUAUGGAAUUUUCGCAAGUUUAGCAAAUGCGGUUUGUGGAAUUUAUUUCAAGAGAGUUGAAAUGGUUUUAGAUGGUGACAGUUUGAAACAAGCAUACUACAACAAUGUGAACAGCAUCUGGAUCUUUCUGCCUCUUGUCAUCAGCUCUGGCCAAGCUCAACAGGUUUUAUCAUCAGAUCUUAUGACCAAUGCAAGUUUCUGGAUGUUCCUGACCUUCUCUGGCUUUCUCAGCUUAUCAAUUGGAUGGGUUAGUGCUUUACAGGUGAAAUACACGUCUCCAGUGACGCAUCAUAUCAGCAUAAAUGCCAAAUCAGUGGCACAAACCAUGCUAGCCAUCAUGUUUUAUCACGAAUAUAAAACUUUGAUGUGGUGGUGUGGUAAUUUACUUGUAAUUCUAGGCAUCUUCUUGUAUGCUUACACGAAAAUGAACGAGAGCCAGCCCAGUAGUAAUGUUGUGAACGGAUCGAGAAAACAACUUCCAGUUUAUACAGACAUCUCCAUUCAGAAGACAAACGCGAAUUGACUCUUAAUUUUGUGAUACAGGGCACCAUUUGGGUGACUCUGUACCAUUGUGAUACAGGGCACCAUUUGGGUGACUGUACCAUUAGGAUACUGGGUACCAUAUUUGGGUGACUCUGUACCAUUAGGAUACUGGGUACCAUUUUUGGGAGACUUGGUACCAUUGUGACACAAGGUACCAUUUGGGUGACUCUGUACCAUUGUGACACAAGGUACCAUUUGGGUGACUCUGUACCAUUGUGACACAGGGUACCAUUUGGGUGACUCGGUACCAUUGUGACACAAGGUACCAUUUGGGUGACUCUGUACCAUUGUGAUACAGGGCACUAUUUGGGUGACUCUGUACCAUUAGGAUACUGGGUACCAUUUUUGGGAGAGCUCGGUACCAUUGUGGUACUGGGUACAGUUAGGGUGACUCUGUACCAUUGUGGUACAAGGUACCAUUUGGGUGACUUUGUACCAUGUGACACAAGGUACCAUUUGGGUGACUCUGUACCAUUGUGAUACUGGGUACCAUUUGGGUGACUCUGUACCAUUGUGAUACUGGGUACCAUUUGGGUGACUCUGUACCAUUGUGGUACUGGGUAAAGUUAGGGUGACUCGGUACCAUUGUGAUACAGAGUACCAUUUGGGUGACUUUGUACCAUUGUGAUACUGGGUACAGUUAGGGUGACUCUGUACCAUUGUGACACGGUAUCAUUUGGGAGACACACACAUUCUGCAGUAGUUAAUAAUUUGUUAACUUGUUAAGUUGCUUCAAAUUUACUGUUAAUUUUGCACUCUUAAUAUUUUUUUGUAAAUAUUCAUGAAAAUCAGAUCCAGAUGUGUAGUCAUUACAAAGACUCUUUCUAAUCAUGCCAAAGGGGAUAAAAAUAUCUGCAAAAGGGAGAUAACGUUUUUUUAACUCUUUAAGUCGGGUAAACCGCUUUGAUAUGUCAAAUCAUAGAAAGAAGCAAUAGAUUUCAAAUCAACAAUUUGAUUGAACAAAAUUUUACAAAAUGGUGCCUACAUUGAUAAGGAAAAAAUAUAUACAUGUAAUUACUGCAAAUAUAAAUUCUUUUUAUAUGAUGUAGACAAAUUUGUCUUGCUCUUCAUUUCUUCUUCAUGUCGCAAAUGGUGCUGCAGUGAAAUGGUUAAUUUUGCAAUUUUGUAUUCAUGAGUUCACUAGUCAGAUAUUUUUAUCUAUAAUUUAACUGGAUUUUUUAAUGUAGAUGUUUUGUAAGCAAUCAUUUUUUAAUUUCACAUUAGAAGUUUGUGUUAUAUAUAUGAGCAUACAAGUAAGUAUAUGAGUAAGCAUGCUAUUUUAUGAAUGUAGUUUAAUUUUUGUAUUAUAAUUGUCAGCAUUGUUAUUUUUAAUUGUUAUGUGAGAUAUAAUGUACAUGUAUUUUUGCAUAAUUUGACUUAAUACUGUCCUUAUUACUCACUGGACAGAAAUGCGAUUUCACAAAAAAAAAUUUUGAAUUCGUUUCAGUUUUAUGUUAAAGACUCCUUUAUUAGCUACCAGUGUUUAUCAUGUUAUAUAUUAAACAAUCUAAAUGAACAAAAAGUUUAUGUCACAGGAAUUGUAGAUAUGUAGUAAUCAGGUCACAACAGUAAAUAAAAACAAAACUGGUAUUAAAGAUUUAUUUGUAUGGAGAAGUACAAAUAUUGUCACAGCAGAAUUUAAAUGCUAGCAGCGUUAUUUUUUCCCUACAACUUUGUACACAGUGUCUCAAUUUUAACAGUGACGUCCCC